AAAACAGACACGCAAUAAUUCACCAUGUCCUCCCCACUACCAUAGAGUACAUGGUAGAGAGAGAGAGAGAGGAAGAGGGAACGGGAUGGACCAUAAAAUUGACACCCUCGCCACCCUCCACAACUGGACCCAAGGCACCCCAUCCCUGUAUCCUUUCACGGGCAUUAUUCAACUCUAUCUGGCGGAGGAGAUCUCGGUAGUGACGGCUGUAGGAGAGAUCAGUGCGUUUGUGGAGAAGAGGGGGGAGGGAAUAGAUGAAUGCGUCCACGACCUAUGGGCCAGUAUUCUGCACGCGGGGAGAUGUCUACCCUGCACAAACAUCAUGGUAUCAUCAGCUAGUACUGCUGAAAGAAGUAUCACGUCCAACGGUAAUGGUGAUGGUGGUACGCUAGGAGAAAAGAUAAAGAAAGAGACUAUCGACACAGACAUCUCCACACACCAAACACCCACCCCAUCACAGAAGAAACUGAUUGCCUUGAUGCAUGCGAUCAAGAAUAUGCCGGAUGUGCAUGUGCAUAUUCGUGCGAGGACGCAGUCGAGGUAUUCUUAUUCUGCUGCUUCGCAGGUGGGUGGUUCUGCGGGGAGGGAGAGGUAUAGUUAUUAUGGUGGUGGUGGUGGUGGUGGUGGUGGUGGUGGUGGUGUUAAUGGGGAUAUUACCGAGAAGAAUGAGAAUGACCCUGCAAAUGGAAAUGAAGGAGGGGGAGAUGAUGAAGGAGAGAGUACAGAAGAAGAAGAACUAUACCACCCAUCCCUAGGUGUAUAUCUUGAUGGGACGGUGGGUGGGUCGCAUUAUAUUCGCCAUUUGCAUGAUUCUGUGGCUACACCUGUUCCUCCUCCUCCUCCUCCUCCACCACCACCACCUCCUCCUAUACCAUCAGAUCCAGGAAAGAACACCAACACACCCCAACCUCAAUCUCAACCCCAAGGAAAUUCAAGACCCAAACCGCCCAAACUCCCCUCCUCAGCAUCCGAAUCGACAAUCCGACCCACAAAAACCAAGAGUCUAGUAUGGGCCUACCUACCAUAUUUCCGAGACGUGGUAGGGUCAAUAUUUACUGAUUUUGGAGAUGUACUUGGAAUGCAUCUGCACCCUUUACCAAAUACACAUACACAUCAAGAACACCAGAAAUGGCACCCCAAAGAUCAAGUCAUCCUCCACCAAGCAUGGCUCAACUUCACCACAUUCCUCGCAUUCCUCGCUAGAGAAGGGGUAUUACAUUCCCCUAGUGAUUCGGAUAAUUAUGCGUAUGGGUUUGAUGAAUAUGAUUGGGGAUAUGACCAUACCAAUAAUAAUAAUAAUAAUAAUAAUAAUAAUGAGGGUGGGGAUGGGGAUGGGGAGGAGGAGGAUGAAAGCGACGGAGUCGGAUCAUGGAUCGAUGAUCUAGCGAUUUCGUGUCUUCGGAUACUUGAGAACCUUCCACAUCAGCAUCAUCAUCAGCAUCAUCAGCAUCAUCAACCUCACAAUCAUCCUAAUCACCUCGAUAAGAAUGACAAUCUGCAAAACAACACCCAAAUCCUCACAGCAACGAUCAUCGCCCUUCUCUACGGUGAACAUCUCUGGCGGAGAAGACAUGGGAUUCGUACUGCUUCCCAUCCUCAUCCUUCCCCUCCUCCUCACCAAGAAAAGCCUAAAGAAGAGAAGGAUACGGAGAAAGCGAAAGAGAAAGAGAAAGAGAAAGAAAAGGAUGAUUACAUAGUAGCGGGUCUGACCCUCGACGAAUUCGAAUCAGGUUCUGUAUCUGCUUCUACGUCUACCUCUGCGGCUAAUUCUCCGCCUUUGUCGGUUUCACCACAUCCACAGAAUAAUGAGCAUCAGGAUUCGGAUGGGAGUGAUGAUAGGGAUAGGGAUAGGGAUAGGGAUAGGGAUAAGGUGAGGUUUAUUGACAGGAAAACGUGGGAAGGGUGGAUUCGAAGGUUCAAUGAACUUGCAGGGGAUGUGGGCCCCGGGAUCGGGAUGGGAAUGGGGUUGUGGGAUGGGACGAGAGAGGGGGCGUGGUUGGCGGGGGAGGUGUUGAGGAGGGUUAUUUCUAUUCCAGAGUAG